GCUUCUUCUAUCCGGCAUAUUUUGACAUUUCUAAAAAUUGUGGGCAAACGUUUACUGCUCCAGUUUUCAAUACUCGUGUUUAGUGAAGUAAAGCAGUGGGUUUACACUCUGCGCUGUAUGUAAUGUAGUGAAAUUAUACUCUUAACACUUUUGGAAUUUCUAUUACGGCGCCUUUACAUCAGUUCUCGAGAUGGCCGAUGAGGAACGUUCUUUCAAUUAUAAUGAUCUUAAUCUGGAUUUUUUGGAACUUACGCCACCAAGAAAGAAAACUUUAAGGCCAACGAUUGCUACAGUAGCUCAGCCAAAUUUCUUUCGGCCCAGCGCCCUCAAGGCAAAGCAAUUAGCGCAAAGGAUUGCUCAAAAUGAUGUGCUUGUUAAUAAAGUAGAAUUAUUAAAGAAAGAGUAUGCAGAUGUGCAGCAGAAGCUUAAAGAUUUUCAAACAUCAGCAUUACAAAUACAAAACCUCUAUGAAGAUGAAAAGAAAAAAUAUGCAGAUUUGCAUAUGAAAUUCAAAUCAAUGGAAAUAGAAUCCAAAGGCAUGAGCACACAUUUAACACGUUUGGAAGAUGAACUUGCUGAAAAAAACUUACAAUUAGAACAAGUAGAAGCUCAGUUGGAUAACGCAAAAGGCCCGAUAAGUUAUACUGAACUAUCAUUAAAGUACCUAAAACUUUUGCAAAAACUUCUUGAAGAGGACGAUAUCAAAUUGUACGAUAAACAACUUAUUUCCAGUCUGACCAAAUUCUGCGAAGAUAGUGGCCAUAAAGUACCUGUUAUAAAAGCAAAAGUAAAAAAGAAGCGUAUUUAUAAAAAAGACAAAGAUGUUCAGUGUAAUCUUUUGCAGUCCAGUUAUCCAAUUAAAUCUACAGAGUUACAUACACAAAGCACUCAGACAGUUGCAAUACAAUGCAGUGAAAUAGAAACGCAAACGACUUCGUCAACUAAGAGAGAUAUACAAACACAAACAUUACAUACGGAAAUGCAGCCACCUAAAUGUGUGCAAAGCCAAGGUGUACAAACUAUUCAAAUUGAAUUGCAUACACAGGGAACACAACAUAUAUCUACAACGACUACUCGUGGAACCUCAACUUCGUGUUUUAUCAAGAAACAUAAUGUCGGUACAUGUUUUCCAGAACCAAAAUUAGUUCCGCCUGUAACAGCUAUGGUAGAUGAGUUAUUGCAGUUAUACAAUGUGUCGCCACUUAGUCCCAUAUCCGAUCCAAUAUCGCAAACGGCCCUUAAGGACUUGGAAACAUCAUUCAAUCCUUCAACGAAAGAAACGCGGGUUUCUUUCAAAUCUAUCGGCACUUGUACCUAUUUAUGUAACAUACAACGCCAAGUAGAUUUUAUACCUACAAUUAAGCGUUCACAGUCUAGUUCGCCUGCACCAUUUAUAUGUGAUAAUGUCAAGAGGGAGGCAUAUGCCACACCAACUUCUUCACCCCCACCACCUACAACCACUGCGGAAAGUUCCGAAAUUAGAAGCGCAAGAUCAAGUGAUAAUUUGGGCAACCUGACUGAUAUGAAUAAUAUGCAACCGAUGUUUAACGCUUUUACGCAAUUACCAGAUAUGCAGCCUGAAACGUUUUCCACUAUUUGGCAAAUGGCCGGACAAAUGUUUAUGGGCUUACUAUACCCUCCCACUAAUAACGGUAUGCGUUUGUCACAAUUAAACAUAACAAAUAAUUCACAUAAGGAGCAGUUCCACAAUUGGCUAUAUUCACUUUACCAAUCCAUGCAACAACCACAACAACAAACAGCAGCUUCAAUGUUUCCUCAAGCUGAUUUUGUGCAACCUAUAAGCAGGAGUGAAGGCCCAUCUGAUUUAAAUAAUGAAAUUAAUGCAAACAUAGCGCAACCCUACUAUAACUCUCGGCCUAUCGAAGAUCCACCAGAAGAGGUACAAAUUAUUUGUGAUAGGAGUGUUAAUCCAAGAACUGAUCAUAACAAUCGUUAUAUGCCUAGCACAGACGAGAGUACACAAACAGAAAGUGAAAAUCACAUUGUACAGCCUCAGAAAACAAUGGCGAGAGAAAACGAGGGAAACGUUGAACAUUGGGUAUUUAAAGAACCACGAGAAAUACCAAAAAAAUCUGUAAAACAAGCAAGUAGGCGGAAGAUGGCUGCGGAGGAGCAAACAUAUAUGAAAAAAUGUCGUGAUAAGCAAACACGGAAAAAACGAAAGAAAAAAAGGGAAAAGGAUCAUAUUGUACAAGCUACGUCAUCUACGUUAAAUGCAGUUGUUGCUACUGAAAUUUUUAAAGUAGAAGCUACGAAUAACCCAAAUGAAGAAGACUUUGCAACCGCCGUUGAAUUUUGUGCAAAGCUUUGUCGUCUCAAUAAUGAAACCCACGUUGAAAUUAAUAAAUGCAUGGAAGAUAACGUAACGAACACACUCAGUGCCGCCCAGCCACAUAGUUAUACUUGUGAGGAAUUCAUAAACAACGGUGAUACAGAGCUUCAAAAUACCAAAAUUAUUUCAGGAGUAAUUUUGCCACACAAUGAAGAAAGAAAUAAAGUAGUUGUAAAUGAGCAUGUAGAUACCGUACCUGAUGCUGCACUGUCCGACAGUGAGGAAAGUAAUUGUGAUAAUUUGGUUAAGAUUGAGGCGUUAAGCAAAAUUGAAUUUCAGCAGAAAAUAUAUCAUAAUCAUGUUAAAGAAAAAGGCGUUGAAACUUACGAUCUAUUUGGCAGUGAUUCAGAAGAAGAAAAUCGUUUAAACCUUGUAGACUCCGAAAAUAUUCAACUUCUUGCCGAUGAUUUAAGUUCGGAAGAAUAUCUGGCUUUGAAAAACUCUGGCGCUCUUUUAUAUUGCAAGGAAAUUAUAUUGAAAAAUGAAAGCGAUGAAGAGGAGCCCUACCAAGAGCUUAUAACACCGAAAAAUAACAAGAUUGGAGAAACUUUGAUACAAACUGAAGAAGUCAGUUGCGUAAAAUCUUCGAAUGCGUUGGAGCACAUUAAAAGAAUUACAGGUUGUUGUGAAAAUACAACUAUAAAUGACAUUGUAAAAUUAGAUGAAAAAGUCCGGGAGUCGGGUUUCCGUCCACUAACCGAAAGCUUCGCAAAUGAAGAAGUGCCGGAAUGUUCCCUGCAGCAAAUUCUUUUAGAUCUCUCUAUGAGCGAAUCUGAGGAAGAUAAUAAUUCAGAAGAAAAUCUAUCCGACAAUACCGUGAAAUGUGCUCUUGACGAAAGUGAAGAAGCCGACGAGUCUAAGCUCGUUAUAGAUGAAGGUAAUAUCAAGGCUGAUAAUAUUUCGUCCGAAUUCAGUGUCGGUUGUGACCAGCAAAUUGAUAACAAGUUUUCAAAGUCGCCUCCGAAUGCUCCUUCUCCACCAAGUGGCAGCGAUACUGAUGUAUCAGUAUUGUUUGAAGGGUCAAUACUUGAUGACAUAUUGGCCAAUACGUCCACACAACAACUCGUCAAUAGCAUAUUGAGCGAAACUGCAAGUGAACAAAUGGAAGCGGAUACUGACUUGCCACGCAGGCGUGGUCAUAAACGUAAAAACGAAAUGUCCGCUAUUACGUUAUGUAAGCGUUCAGAACGGUUGCGGGCUAUGCACUGUAUUGAUAACCAAACUAGCAGUGACGAAUGUACAUCACCUCCAACGAAAAGCCGCAGGAAUCAUCAGCAUAAGACGAAACCGAGCAGCGAUGAAGAAGUAUUUGGUGAUAAUAAGCAAAAUUUUACCAGUCAAAUACCGGUGGCACAUACUAGAUAUAAUUUGCUAAAGACCUUAACCAAAGAGCAAAUUGAAAAACAGUACCAACGGUUUACCGAAAUGAAACAAAGAAGUGUUAAAAACGAAAGUAUGAAUAGCCAAAAUAUAAAUUCAAAUGAAAUUCUAACUGAGGCUGAAACGAGCGUUUCAAAUAUAGACACCAACGAACUUGCAGAACAAUUAAAUGAAAAGGUCACCAAACGUCUUCCCACCCACAUUCAGACAAACGAACAAAAUGAGUUGGAAACACCUGCCUUUUCCACCCCUCACAGUAGUAUACAACCAACUACUGACCUCAACAGCGAGCAGCCUUCAGAUGCUAAAGACCCUUUUACACCAAAUGACCAAAAACACGCAUUUGAUGUGUCAAUUGAUACAAUGGUAUAUGAAUCGCCCGCCUCUCCGCCACUCCCGACAUGCAGUGAUAACAAUUCAUUUACCAUUUCACAACCAUGCCCAGAGAUUCUUUUGGAAAGGAGCGGAAGUUAUUAUUCAUACCAACAUAGAAAGGGUAUUUUACAGCACUUCAUCAAGCAAUAUUCUUACGAUAUUUAUGCAACUGUAACUGGGGUGAAAAAAGAAGUGGAUUCGCACAGUAAAAUUGCGGUACAAAUCGAAAAAUUUCUCAACACGACUCGGGACAAAGUGGAUGUGUCUGCUUCUACACUAGCGCUAUCCUUAGUAGAAGAGUUGAACGAUAGUGAAACGAUAGCUAGCCUGAUUGUAGAGCAGAUAAGAAAAGCACCUCGACCUGAAAUCGAAUUGAAUUGUGAGCCAACAAAGGUUCCACCAAAAUACAUUGGCACUCACCUGCGGCUUAUAUCAAUUGUGUUACGUCAUAUACACUAUAAGAGACCUCAAAUCGCAAGUGAUAUAAUGGUGGAAAUCGAGAAGAGACUGUUUAAUUAUAAGAAUACCGAUACGAUGACACUAGAUGCAGCUUUAAAUCUCACUCAACUUUACUUACUUGCUAUUCGUAUGGAUAAAGCUGAAAUCAAUCCUGCACGUCUUUUUGUCGCCAAAUGCUUAUACUAUCACUGUGUUAGAGCAUCACCGAUGAUUUAUGAAGUACUAUGUUGGUAUCCAACGACGCUGCCGCGACGCCAUCAAUCUGAUUAUGAUCAAUCAGACGCACUCAUCACUGUCAUACAACAUUUAUUAAUGUGCACAACUUACAAUAUGGACAGUACGGAUCUGAGACAUAAGGAACUGUUAUCACUAUUACGUUUUGAAUAUUAUUUUGAACCUUUCCAACCCAAAGCAUUAGAAGUUUUAUCCAAUCUGGUUGCAAAACUCAAAUCUGGUAAAGUAACAAAUCUGAAAUAUGCCUUUGCCAUCUUUUGUAAACGAAAUACGAAAUUAGUUGAGAUACUACUGCAACAGCAGCUCUUGCCACUUGCCGAAGAAUACUAUAAAGUUGUCCAGCAUACUGAGGAAUAUGAUAAGCGUAUUGCAUGUUUGCUCGAAUGCAUAUCUGUGGUGGUGAAACCGUUGCCGCUUACCACAGACAUCACAAUAUAUCAUACGAUAUUCGGACGUUUUCUGGGUGCUGUACACCGCCCUGUCGUGCAAGAAGCAGCUGUAUUAGCCAUAUUGCGCCUUCAAAGAUUCGGCUCAAAUCGUUGUUUCCAUGCGCUCAUUCAUUUCAAGCCACAUUACCCGCUACAAAUGCUCACAAUAAAUGCGCUGAAAACUUUUAUACAUAGGAAACCAUUAGACCACUGGAGGGGCUUAAUAAUGCACACUACUACAACCAAUUGUAGCUAAAAGCAUUGUGUAAACUAUAAAACAAUCAGGGAUGUUAUUUUUAUUUUGGAAUUAAUUGUUAUACCAAAUUACUACAUAUGUUGGCGGUUUCAAAAACGCAACAAAUAUUUAUUUAAUUGUGUACUGUGCUUAACUUAAGUGAAUACUAUUUCGAGAAGCAAAAUGUAUAUUUUUCCAUGAAAAAUUAGUAAUAAAUAAAUUUUAC